CUACACAAAUUAUAAAAAAUGUAUAUUAAUUUAGAAAUUUUUUGUGGAAUAGUGAUAACGCUUAUUGCGUUUUACUGUUAUUUAACAAGUAAUAAUAAUUUUUGGAAAAAUCGUGGAAUAUCUGGACCAAAACCCAUGUUGGGAUUCGGCAAUAUGAAAAAGGUAAUAUUUGGAGAGGAAUCGUUAGUACAAUUUCUUACAAAGAUGUACCAUGAAUACAAGAACGAAUCUAUGAUUGGAAUAUUUAAACUAAAAACACCUGCUUUAAUCAUCAAAGAUCCAGAUCUCAUAAAAACUGUCUUGAUUAAAGAUUUUUCAAAAUUCAUGAAUCGAGGAUUAUUGCCAAUUAUCUCAACAGAACCGAUAUCACAACAUCUUUUCGCGUUGGAGGCAAAAAGAUGGCAGCCAUUAAGAAAACAUCUUACAUCAGGAUUUACCAGUAACAAACUUAAAGGAAUGUUUUACUUGAUUCACGAGUGCUCUCAGCAACUCGUAAACUAUGUGGAUAUCUUAAUAAGGAAAGAAGAAUCUAUCAAUGUGCGAGAAGUUGCCGCAAGAUUUACCACAGAUGUCGUUGGAAGCUGUGGUUUUGGUGUGGAUAUGAACUCAUUGUCGGAAAAAGAGAGCGAAUUUCGACGACUUGGAAAAAGUAUCUUCGACACAAAUGUCUAUAAAAUAAUAAUAGAUCGAAUCAGAGAAUUGACGCCACAAUUCUACAAUUUGCUUCUUUAUAUAUUGCCAUUAGAUAAAAUAUCGCCAAAUAUUCUGAAACUAACGAAGGAGACAAUAGAAUAUAGAAUAAAGAAUGAUAUCUUUAGGCCUGAUUUUAUAAAUAUAUUAUUAGAACUUAAGAAACAUCCAGAAAAAAUUGACCUCGAGAUAACAGAUGAAUUAUUAGCGGCGCAAGUAUUUAUUUUUUUCACGGCUGGCUUUGAAACUUCUUCAACAAUGUUAAGCAAUGCUCUUUACGAACUAGCUUUGAAUCCUGAUGUUCAGAACAAAUUGCGAGAGGAGAUUAAAGAAUUUGAAUCGAAAAAUGAUGAAGAGUGGAAACAUGAAACCGUUAAAAAAAUGAACUAUUUGGAAAAAAUAUUUCAAGAAACUUUAAGAAAGUACCCAUCUGUGCCAUUUUUGAAUAGAGAAAUAAUUGAGGAUUAUACUUUCGAAAGUAAUAAAGUGACAGUUCCAAAAGGAUUAAAAAUUUGGAUACCAACUUACGCCAUUCAUAACGAUCCGGAUAUUUAUCCUGAUCCAGAAAAAUUUGAUCCUGAAAGAUUUUCAGAGGAUAAUAUAAAACAAAGACAUCCUAUGUAUUUUUUACCUUUUGGACACGGACCAAGAAAUUGCAUUGGUAUACGAUUUGCCGUAUAUCAAGUAAAAAUUGGAUUGAUAAAUAUUAUUCGUAAUUUCAAGCUUGAUGUUUGCGACAAAACAUUAAUUCCUUAUAAACUUCAUCCACGUGGAUUAAUUUUAAUACCUCUUACAGACGUAACAAAUGAAUUCUUGGCGGCACAAGCGUUUAUUUUCUUUAUUGCCGGUUUCGAGACUUCGUCAACAACGAUUAGCAAUGCUCUUUAUGAAUUAGCUUUGAAUCCUGAUAUUCAGGAUAAGUUACGAAAAGAAAUCAAAGAAUUUGAAGAAAAAAAUGAUGGAGAUUGGAAGUACGAAACCAUAAAGGAAAUGGAAUAUUUGGAAAAAAUUUUUCAAGAAACUCUAAGAAAAUAUCCAUCUUUGCCAUUUUUAAACAGAGAAAUAAUUGAUGAUUAUACUAUCGGAAAUAAUAAAGUGACACUUCCAAAAGGGUUAAAAAUAUGGAUACCGACUUACGCCAUUCAUAACGAUCCGGAUAUUUAUCCUGAUCCAGAAAAAUUUGAUCCUGAAAGAUUUUCAGAGGAUAAUAUAAAACAAAGACAUCCUAUGCAUUUUUUACCUUUUGGUCAUGGACCAAGAAAUUGCAUUGGUUCACGAUUUGCCGUAUAUCAAGUAAAAAUUGGAUUGAUAGAAAUUCUUCGAAAUUUCAAGCUUGAUGUUUGCGAUAAAACGUUAAUUCCUUAUAAAUUUCAUCCACGUGCACUACUUUUAUCUCCUUUCACGGAUAUAUAUUUGAAGAUAACUAGAUUGACGGACUACAUAACAAAUGAAUUAUUGGCGGCACAAACGUUUAUUUUUUUUGUUGCCGGUUUCGAGACUUCGUCAACAACGAUUAGCAAUGCUCUUUAUGAAUUAGCUUUGAAUCCUGAUAUUCAGGACAAGUUACGAAAAGAAAUCAAAGAAUUUGAAGAAAAAAAUGAUGGAGAUUGGAAGUACGAAACCAUAAAGGAAAUGGAAUAUUUGGGAAAAGUUUUUCAAGAGACUCUAAGAAAAUAUCCAUCUCUGCCAUUUUUAAACAGAGAAAUAAUUGAUGAUUAUACUUUCGAAAGUAAUAAAGUGACACUUCCGAAAGGAUUAAAAAUAUGGAUACCUAUUUACGCCAUUCAUCACGAUCCAGAUAUUUAUCCUGAUCCAGAAAAAUUUGAUCCUGAAAGAUUUUCAGAGGAUAAGAUAAAACAAAGACAUCCUAUGCAUUUUUCACCUUUUGGUCACGGACCAAGAAAUUGCAUUGGUGCACGAUUUGCUGUGUAUCAAGUAAAAAUUGGAUUGAUAAAAAUUCUUCGAAAUUUCAAGCUUGAUGUUUGCGAUAAAACGUUAAUUCCUUAUAAAUUUCAUCCACGUGCACUACUUUUAUCUCCUUUUACGGAUAUAUAUUUGAAGAUAACUAGAUUGACGGACUAACGAUUUUUCAUUUUAAUUUGAACUUUAUCAUUAUUUAGCUUA